AUGGCCUCGGCAUCCGCCUCGUCCGGGGGCAACCCUUUCUCAGCCCUAUUUAACCCGGAUAACGUCGUGGCCCGCCUCGCCGCCCUGCAACCAGCCGAAACCCGCGACGCGCCCAUCGAGCUGAGCACGAUGGACGCGCUGCUCGGGUCGACGGCGUAUGAGUGCAUCUCGUACGACCGCUCCGUCCCCCUGGACGCCGACGCGGACCUGGCCCCGGAAACCACCAUCUCGGUAGACGGGGAGCCUGUCGCCGUACCGGCCGCCCUCGCGGCUGCCCUCCGCGCGUUCCGCCGGCGGGACCGCACACGCACGCUUUGGGCGGACCUGCUCGUGGGGGGUACGGCGGAAGAGCGCAGCGCCGCAGCGGUAACGACGCGGCACGUGCUGACAGGCGCGGAGCGCACGCUGUGCUGGCUCACGCCGGAACCGAGCCGGAAGAAAGAGGGGGUGGCCGGAGAGGCCCAGGCGAAGGAAGAAGAAGACCUGACGGCGCGCGCAGUCGAGAUCAUCCGCGAGAUGGCGUUGCGGUUCCAGACGGCGAGCGCGCGGGUAGGACUCAGUGAGAAUGUCGGGUUGUCGCACGCGACGUUAGGCCAGCUCCAGGGCAUCCGCGACGACCUGCACGCGUGUCCGUACGACGACCUCGACUCGUUCAACUUCGGCCUGUGGAAUCGCAUCUACGCCAUCUUCGGCGCCGGCUACUGGCGCUGCGUGCAGCCCGUGUCGGAAAUCGUUCUCGCGCGCGCGCCCGUCAUCGUCGUCGCCGGAUCUUCCUCCGCCUCGCCGCCGGAAACGGGCGGAGGAGGAGGAGAAGUAGGCGGAGGCAUCCGGUGGCGCGACUACAUCGCCGCGUCGCGCGCCCUGCCCUUCUUCCAGGCGCGCCUCUUCGGCGGCGUGCCCCUGCUGCCGAGCGUCAUGCACGGCUUCGAGACCGCGAACACCAUUGAGAUCGCCGAGCGCCGCCGCCGGCUCGGCGAGUCCGUCGAGCUCCUGCCCAUGAUCGGGACCGCGCGGGACUGCACCGGCGGCCUCGGGCCUAUCACCAACGGCGCCAAGGGAAAAGGGAUGCGCGCCAAGGUCGACCCCCGCGAGAGCGUCUUCUCCAUGCUGCACAUCGCGACGCCGUCGGCGCGCGUCAACUUCCACGCCGGCGGCCCGCAGCCCCUGCCCGCCAUCGACUACAGCAAGACGGUGGAGGAGGUGUUCACGGACGCGGCGCGGUACUGCGCGCUCGAGCGCCAGGACCUCAUGCUGUGGUUCGGCGAGCGGCCGCCCUGCGCGAAGCGGCUGCGCGGGCUGCCCUCGUGGGUCCCCGACUUCAGCGCCGUGUACCCGAAGACGGGCGUGAUGGCGAGCCAGCAGACGGGCAUGCGCGCGUGGUGGGACGCGAUCCCGCGCGACGACCCGGCCGCCGCGAAGCUCAUCGCCGUGUCCACGCGCGCCGGCCGCCCGGCGCUGCACCUGCAGGCGCGGCCGCUCGACCGCGUCGCCUACGUAUCGCCGCUGAUCCACGGCGGCAACUGCCGGCGGCUCGCGGUGGCCGAGCUGCGCGCGGUGUCGGCGCUGCCGCCGAGCGCGUUCGCCGCGUACCCGGGCGAGGCGCCGGCGCAGCGCACGGAGCGCUUCUGGCGCACGCUGAUCCUGGACGUGGGGCGGGACCCGCAGUCGGCGGCGGCGGCGGCGGCGGCGCCCGGCGGGCCGGCGACGGCGUUUCACGACUCGCUGACGGCGCGCGCCGACGCGUCGCUCGCCGCCUACUUCGACAGCCUCGUAGCGGAGGAGAGCCUGACGGACGGCCUGGGCUGCGAGUCGGCCGCGGAGCUGCGCGAGCCGGCAGUGCAGGCGCGCAUCGCCGCCAGCCCGGCCUUCUCGGAGCUCGCGCGGCGCGCCGGCCGCGGCGCCCCCUUCGCCGACCUGGUCGCGCGCCACGCCGCCGGCCGCCGCCUCUUCCGCACCGAGGGCGGCCGCUUCGGCAUGACCGCGGUCGAGGACCCGGCGGCCGCGGACCCGAACCUGCGGGAGGCGCCGGCGGCGGAGGAGGAGGGGGAGGAGGAGGAGGGGGAGCAGCAGCAGCAGCAGGCGGAGGGCGCCGCGCCCGCGCGCCCGCCCAACUUCGGCCCCGCCCUCGCCGACCCCCUCGGCCGCGCCAUGCUCGCGAGCUUCCAGGACUACCUCGCGCAGCGGGACCCGCGGCUGGCGCGGAUCACGGCGCGCGCGCUGGCCGGCGAGCUGCCGGGCCAGGACGCGGCCGGCGCGGACCAGGGCGGCGCGCGGCCCGGCGACCUGGUCGUCGCGUGCGUCGGCGGGUUCGCGCCGUACAUGAUGCGGCCGCUCGCGGCGGCGGCGGCGGCGCCGGCAGAUGACGACACGUACGAGUUCGUCGGCGAGUGCUACCUCCACGGCGCGAUGGACGGCGAGGAUUUCAAGGAGCGCGGGUUCUUCGGCGGCGGGCGCUUCCGCGUCGACACGUCGAGGCUUGUCGACAUCACGGUGGUGUAGAGAGGCGGGGCGUUGGUUUGGGUUGGGGUGUGCGCUGCUCGGAGGGGCGGGUGAGGGCUGCGCGACGCUUACGAGCUGAUCGUGUUGUGGGGGGAGUGGAGGAGAUCGAGCAGAACGGGAGGACGCCGACACUGCUGGACUGCUAGUGUUGUACAUACAUAAUCUCUACGAUACCUCUCAACCCCAAACUGGCUUCAUCGUAGGUAGUUCGCACGCCACCGGCGCGUCGCGGAGCAGUAGUAAUCGAUUACAAU